AUGUCUCUCAAAUUUGCCAUUUACACCUGCCAGCCAAUCCCAACCAAGGUGCAUUCUCCAGACGCCUCAUCUAAGGACUCGGGCUUUUGGUCCCCUCUCUCAAUCACUCUGCUUUAUACUCCUACGACUGCGCUAGUAGUAGAUUGCCCUGCCACCGUCUAUCCUACACGUGAAUUGGCUGAAUGGAUCAAAUCUCAGCUGCCUCCGAGUAGUACUCUCAAGUACUUUGUCUGUACUCAUGCCCAUGGGGAUCAUUUCUUCGGUCUCCCGGUCUUGGAAGAGCAAUUUCCCGGGUUGCAAGCUUAUGCUACCAAGGCCGUUGCUGAAGGAAUCGAUCUACAGCAAUCGCCAGAGAUCAGGGACGCAGUCUGGGCCAAUACGUUUCUUCCAGCUAAAGAUGGCUCUGGUUUGCCGGAUGCAAAGUCCGUUUUCCAGGCUCUUCCAACAUCCAAUGAAUUCCAUCUCGAUGGUCACUUACUCAGGCUGUAUGAUGUCGCUCAUGGCGAUACACACGCCAAUUCGUUCAUACAUGUCCCCAAGCUAGAUCUUGUUGUGGCAGGUGAUAUUGUCUACAACGGAGAUUGCCACCAGUGGUUAGGCGAGGCGUCCAGUUCAGAGAAACGAACACAAUGGCUUGCAGCCCUUGAGCAGAUACGUUCCUUGAGGCCUAAGAUUGUCGUGCCCGGACAUACAUUCAAUCCAUCCUCGACACCGAAUGAGCGCAUAGCAAUAGCCAUGCUUACAAGUACGGCAGAUUACAUCCAUGGAUUCGUUGAAGAGCUUGCAGCCGCCACAAGUGAGAAGAACCUGUUUGAAAGAAUGCGGUUCCGAUAUGACCGGUGGAACCUGUACCUGCUCGCUGGAAGCUCCAAAGCCGGAUGGAACAAUUGCAAGCUCUGA